UAGAAGCCUUAUAUAAGUCAUUCUCCUGCCUUGGUUACAAUACAGACUAUAUAGUCUGUGGUUACAACCUAAUUUUCUUAAAGAUAAUCUAUUCAUUUUUCCAACUGACGGAUUUAACUUGUAACUAAGGUCUUCGUGUAAUAUAUUUUUAUUUACAAAUUUGGAUUUUUUAUUUAUAUGUAUUUCUUUCAUAUUAAACUAAAAGUUUUAAUGUAAUAUAAUUAUAAGUUUUACAUAAAAUAAUAUUUUGCAUUACGCUCCUCUAGUUAUCAAUAAAAUUGAAGAGUUUCUCAGAUAGUUCUAUAUUAUUUACAAUUUUCAAAAAUGCGAUUUAUCACUUUUACUUUCUUAUGUUGCGUAUGGUUGAAUGUAGCAACUCAAUCGCGUCGGUUUUUGAUUGGGCUAGGAGAACCUAAUAGUCCGGACAUAAAUAAUGCCAAACAUAUUACAGACGAAUGGUUUGAACAAAAAUUAGAUCAUUUUAAUCCUAUCGAUAAUAGGACUUGGAAACAGAGAUACCAAAUUAAUACUGAGUAUUACAAAGAAGGAGGUCCCAUAUUUCUUAUGAUUGGCGGUGAAGGUGAAAUUUCAGCUUUAUGGAUGACUAAUGGAGCUUGGAUAAAUUAUGCUAAAGAAUUUAAUGCAUUAUGUAUUCAAUUAGAACAUAGAUUUUAUGGAAAAAGUCAUCCUACUGAUGAUAUGAGCUCCGAAAAUUUAGUUUAUUUAAGUAGCGAACAAGCAUUAGCUGACAUAGCUCAAUUCAUUGUUGAUAUCAAAAUUCAGUUAAAUAUUUCGGCCUCUUCAAAAUGGAUAGCUUUUGGAGGUUCAUAUCCAGGAUCAUUAGCUGCUUGGUUAAGAAUGAAAUACCCACAUUUAGUGCAUGCAGCUGUUUCUUCAAGUGGUCCUCUUUUAGCAAAAUUAGAUUUUUAUGAGUACUUUAAAGUGGUCGAAGAUGCAUUAUUUGGAUAUAAACCAGAAUGUGUAACACAAAUUAAAAAUGCCAAUCAAAUGUUAAGUAAAUUGGUUACAAGCGAUAAAAAUACAAAUUAUAUUAAUAAGAAAUUCAAAUUAUGUGAUCCAUUGGAUAUUAGCAAGAAAAAAGAUGUUUCAAAUUUAUUUGAAACAUUGGCAGGGAAUUUUGCUGAAGUAGUUCAGUAUAACAAGGAUAAUAGAUUAAGUGUGACUACUGAAAGACGUAAACUUACAUUAGAAACUUUAUGUGAUAUCAUGAUUGAUGAAUCAAGACAUUCUCCGCUGGAUGGAUACGCAGCAGUUAACAGCAAAUUUUUAUCUGUGAACAACUUAAGUUGCACUGAUUAUACUUAUGACAAUUUUAUUCGCAACUACAGAAAUGUAUCUUGGAAUAGUGAAUCAGCGGCAGGAGGCAGACAAUGGACUUAUCAAACUUGUACAGAAUUUGGGUUUUAUCAAACAUCUAAUCAAGAAGAACAUGUUUUUGGAAAUAAAUUUCCUAUUGAUUUCUUUAUUGAUAUGUGUUCAGACAUUUAUGGAAAAAAGUACAAUGCAGAGUUAUUGUCUAAAGGAAUAAAAAGAACUAACAUGAUGUAUGGAGAAUUAAACAUAAAAGAAAACAGAGUAAUUUAUGUUCAUGGUUCUGUGGAUCCAUGGCAUGCCUUAGGUAUAACUGAGACAAAAAUUCCAAAUACGGCUGCAAUUUAUAUAAAUGGAACAGCACAUUGUGCAAAUAUGUAUCCACCAGCUUCUACUGAUCUUCCACAAUUAACUAAAGCUCGUAUUACGAUAAGAGCUUUUUUAAACGAAUGGCUAACAACUUCCGACUCAUUAGAAAUAUAUGAAUCGGAUAAUAUUCAUUUUUAUUAAGAUAUAUAAAAUAAUUUUUUGACUGAAAUGUAGAUGUUUGUAAUUUUUAAUGCAUUGCCGAGAAACUAUUAAUUUUGUUUUGGAUGUGUUUAUUUAUUUAAUAAAUCUCAAAUAAAUAAAUUUAUUUAUUUUUA